UCUUCCACAGAAAGCAGCAAAUAUGGCAUCUUCCAUGAGGAGCUUGUUUUCUGACCACAGCAGAUACGUUGAUUGUUUUCGGAAGUUUCUCGACAAUUCCACGGAACACCAGUGCAUGCAGGAAUUCAUGGACAAGAAGCUGCCAGGCAUAAUAGCAAGGAUUGGAGACAAAAAGUCAGAAAUUAAGAUUCUAAGCAUUGGCGGAGGUGCAGGUGAAAUUGAUCUUCAAAUUCUCUCCAAAGUGCAGGCUCAAUAUCCAGGAGUUCAUAUCAACAAUGAAGUUGUUGAACCAAGUGCUGAACAAAUUGCCAAGUACAAAGAGCUUGUAGCCAAGACAUCAAACCUCGAGAACAUAAAGUUUGCUUGGCAUAAGGAGACAUCAUCUGAAUAUCAAAAUAGAAUGAUGGAGAAAAAAGAACUUCAGGAGUGGGACUUUAUUCAUAUGAUUCAGAUGCUAUAUUAUGUAAAAGACAUCCCAGCUACUCUGAAAUUCUUCCAUAGUCUCUUAGCUACCAAUGCUAAGAUCCUCAUUAUUAUUGUGUCAGGAACCAGUGGCUGGAGAAAGCUAUGGAAAAAGUACGGACCGCGCUUGCCCCGGGAUGACCUCUGCCUAUAUGUCACAUCUGUUGACCUCACUCAAAUGCUGGACAAGUUGGGGAUUAAGUAUGAAUGUUACGACCUUCUGUCCACCAUGGACAUAUCUGACUGCUUUAUUGAUGGCAAUGAAAAUGGAGACCUGCUUUUGGAUUUUUUGACAGAAACCUGCAACUUUAAUUCAACAGCACCACCUGAUCUCAAGGCAGAAAUUAUGAAAGAUCUGCAAGAACCUGAAUUCAGUAUAAAGAAAGAGGGAAAGGUUCUUUUUAAUAAUAACCUGAGUUUCAUAGUGGUUGAGGCAUAAAUAUCAUGAGAGUGUCUUCAAAAAUUAUAUUUUGAACAUGUUCAUCAUUCACUUAUUUCUGUAUUAAAAUUACAAAUAUAUCUCAUAACAUAAAUAAAGCAUUGUCUCUUUCAUGUAAAACCUAGAAAAUUCCAAGACAUUCUUGGAGUUCCAUGUAGAAUCAUAUGACUGCUGGUCUUAUCCCCAUCCUUUCUCCAGGUAAAGAGACAGCUUGCAGGCUAAAUACUGCGUCAGCUGGAAAAAUGAGACAACUAAGUUUCACUGGCUUAUUGACAAUAAAAUCCUUUCCAUUUGUUGAUAGUACUGGAAUUUCCCAGAAUACUAAUAAAGUGUAUGCUAUGAAUUCUUUAAA